AUGGAGGUCGAGAUCUCUGGAGGAGUGCCACAGGGAUCCGUCGUUGGUCCCCUUCUCUGGAACGCAACGUUCGACUCUGUCCUGAAAAUGCCAUUACCCCAGGGAGCGAAGUUACCCGGCUUCGCAGAUGACACUUUGUUGGUGGUCUCAUCCAAGACUGUUGAAGAGUUGGAAGCACUAGCGAAUUAUGCGCUACGGCUUGUAGAGGAUCGCAUCUCAAACCUCAGCCUCCAGAUCGCAGCAGAUAAAAUAGAGGCUGUACUCUUUACCCAGAAGUACAAACACGGAACACCAAACAUCGAGGUGGGCGGGAAGACAAUACUGUUGACGAAGAAGAUGACAUACCUCGGAAUGAUCAUCGACGGUUCCCUCUUCUUCAAAGAACACAUGCAGUCAGCAUCGGCCAAGGCGGAAAUGAUCUCCACACAGUUGGCAAGGAUCAUGCCAAACGUCGGCGGUCCGCGGGAGGAUAGGCGCCGUUUACUGUCGUCGGUCGUUCACUCCGUGUUGCUCUACGGCGCCCCGUCCUGGGCUCAUACCCUUAAUGGCUUAACCUCAUUCCUAGUAAUGUGA